UGAUAAUAUCGGUUGUGAUAUCUAGCCGAGUGGCAGUUCCAGCGUGUGCAUUCUCUCGGGCAUCAUUCCCUACUAGCUACGUAUGUAUCACCACGACAUGAUGGUGGCACUCGACAGCCUCGCGUUGCAUACCCCAGAUCGAUUUCCUGCAUUUCCGUAUGACUCGCCUUACUCGAUCCAGGUGGACCUCAUGAGACAUCUAUAUUCGUCCAUCGAGCGAAGGCACGUCACUAUCGUGGAGAGUCCGACUGGAACGGGGAAAACACUGAGUCUACUCUGCGCCAGCUUGUCCUGGCUGGCGGACGAACAGCAGCGCGCACGCAAAGGCAAGCUUUCGCAGCACGGUGCUUCCGCAAGCACAGAACCCGCGUGGGUGGCUGCGCAAGCCAUGCAGAUGCGGCAGAGGGAACUCGAAGCCCAGGAACGCGAGUACGAGGAAAGGAUGAUGCGUGCCAGGAAUGCCGAGGCAAAACUACGGGCUUUGGCACGCGCACGAGUCACGAAACGCCGGCGCGUGAUCGUCAACGUGCCACAUAUCGAAAGGAAUGAAGAUGCCUUUCUACCCGAUGAUUCUGAUGUGGCAGAUGAAGUGGUCAAUAUAUCCCCAGCUGUGCGUGCUCUGAUGGCAAAGAUAGAGAAGAACAGCGGAAAUCACACUUGGUCUGAGGGCGAAGAGCCGACAUGUACCAAGAUUUACUACGCAUCGCGAACGCAUUCCCAACUGACCCAGGUCCUCCUGGAGCUGCAGAAACUACGAUUCCCUCCCAUACUGCACAGUUCACUCGACGCGGCUAAGCAUUCUGGAACACAAGGGAAUGAAGUAUCCCAUCGGAAGCGUGAGCUUGACCAGGUAGAAGUGGGAGGAGACGAUGGGAUAGGGCAGCGGCAGUGGCGAACUGUGGCAUUGGGGUCCCGGAAACAGCUAUGCAUCAACGAGGACGUGCGGUCGAAAUUUUGGGACCUGGACGAAAUGUGUCGUGAACUACAACAAGGCAAAGUUGGCAAGCGAUGCCAGCAUCUGCCUCCGCUGGAGGAGGGCACCAAGAUGCUGGAUUUCCGGGAUCAGAUCUUAGCGUUUCCGAAGGAUAUCGAAGAUCUUGCAGCCGCUGGUAGGAAUGCGGACACCUGCCCUUAUUAUGGCUCUCGGAAAGCGAUACCCCAAGCUGAGCUCAUCACGUUGCCGUAUAAUUUGCUCCUUCAGAAAUCUGCCAGAGAGUCGCUCGGGAUAGACCUGACUAACCAGAUAGUUAUCAUAGAUGAGGCUCACAAUUUGAUCCCCACGUUGCUUUCCUUGUCAUCUGUUAGCGUUACCUCCACAACUUUGGCAAUAUCGUUGCAGCAAGUGGAAACAUAUUACAACAAGUUUCGGAAUCGGUUUGCGGCGUCGCAUGGCCUUCACUUGAGACGGCUUAUCUCCUACCUGCAGGCAAUGUCGAAGGUGGUGGAAGAGUGGACAGAGACAAAGCAGACAUCGACGGAAGUGAUGAGCAUACCUGAUUAUGUGCAGAGAUUGGGCCGAAAAGUUGAUGGGAUCAACCUGCUCGAAAUCGAAACCUAUCUCAGGAAGAGCAAGAUUUCCCGGAAAAUUUCAGGGUACGCUGAAGCUGUUGCCACUGAAGUCUUAGACAGUAACCACCGGAGCCACGUACCAAGAAAACUUCUGCCACUCCAAGCAGUGGAAGCGUUCAUUCUGGGCCUUUCCGGCACCCGUGAAGACGGGCGCAUCAUAUUCUCGAGCAUAGGCAAAGAAGGCAAUUCUGAAAUGGAAAUGAAAUACCUCCUUCUCAACCCGUCGACCACCUUUCGUGAAAUUGUCGAAUCAGCUCGAUCAGUUGUUCUUGCGGGCGGUACCAUGUCCCCGAUGUCAGGCGUCAUUCGUCGUCUCUUUCCUUCCCUCCCCCAGGACAGAAUGACCACGUUUUCCUGUGGUCACAUCAUUCCUCAAUCGCAUGUCCGGACCUUGAUACUGACCAAAGGUCCUUCUGGGUCACUUCUGGAAUUCAAGUAUGCACAACAAAGCAACGUGCAGGUACUAAAGGAACUGGGGCAAGUUGUCCUGAAUCUAUGCAACAUCGUGCCUCGGGGGUUGAUUGUCUUCUUUCCAUCAUAUUCUUCAUUAAACUUUGCGAAAAAGAUUUGGAGAGCCGAUCGUGCGUUGGAAAGAUUUGAAGCGAAAAAGAAAGUGUUCUGGGAGCCAGAGGAGAGCAGUGCUGUGGAGUCGACGCUUGGUGAUUAUGCUGAAGCGGUACAGGGUUCGUCCGCUGACAGAUCUAACAAGAGAGCUGGUGCUAUUUUGUUUGCCGUCGUAGGCGCUAAGCUUUCGGAGGGCCUGAAUUUUGCGGAUGACCUCGCGCGAGCGGUGGUGGUCAUGGGACUCCCCUUUGCAAAUAAGAACUCGCCUGAACUGCAAGAACGAAUGCGCUAUGCAAAUGAAGCGGAGAUGAGGUUAGGAAGUAAGAGGGAUCCCCAUUCAAAGGACGCGGGUUCAGAGUUGUACGAGAAUAUGUGUAUGAACGCCGUCAACCAGAGUAUCGGGAGAGCGAUUCGCCACCGUUCAGAUUGGGCGUCUCUAAUCCUGGUUGACCAUAGAUAUAGCAUGGCUACUAUUCGGCACAAGCUUCCUUCGUGGAUCCAGGACGGGGUGUGUGUUUGCGAUACGUUCGGUCAAGCUGUGAAGCAACUUGGGACCUUCUACCGAGACAAGAAGCAGUGAGGGUAGAUUUGACGGAUAGGUUUUUGUAGUGGAAGUAGGGAGUCCAAUUAUAGGGGCUCAUGCUGGCCGACCUCGAAGUGGGGUUGCUGACUAAUAACACGGGGUAAAUUUGCUGAUGUAAUCCUGCCUGAGGC